GCGAAUGGGAUAUCAGAAUACGUUCGGUGCUUGGGCGUGGUUUACGUGUAGGUGCUUAGAGCGUUUUUGUGGUGAUUGAUAUCGUAAAGUUUAGCGGCAUAGGACAAACAGCAAUAUAUAUUUAUAUAAUCUGAAAGGGAGGAAGACGAAGACAUGGAUCAAAUCUUGUUAUCGGAUAGGGUAAAAUACCUAUGCUCCUGCGGUUUUCUCAAGCCUGUCUACCUUGUGUAUUUCUGCCGGCAUUGCCUGAAAAUCAGAUGUGGAAACUGCGUUUCUCAUGAGGUGGACUUUAUGUACUGCAGUGGAUGCCUGGAGAUGAUGUCCAACACAGAGGCUGGCCUGAAAAAGAACAGGUGUGCCACAUGCAAGGAGUGUCCCUCAUGUGGACAAACACUGAGCACCCGAGCUACAAGCAUUCAGGCACCCAGCAUGGAGGACCCGACCAAGAUCGUGGCGCGCAAGGUGUACUAUGUGGCCUGCGGCUUCUGUCGCUGGACGUCACGUGACAGCGGCCUGCCCGACCAGAACGUCGCGUCCGGCACGUGGACGGAGUUUGAGAACCCCGACCGUGAGAGGCUCAACACACUGCUGGACAACUACCGCGCGCUGGCCAUGCUGGAGAAGGUGCAGAAAGAGCAGCGCAAGUACGGCCGGCAGGACACGAACCGGCGUUUUCUGGAGAGCAAGGGCAAGUUCGGCGUGCUGGCGCGGGCCACGCGCAAACAGGCCGGCCUCCCGCCGUCGCGCAGCCUGGCGCUAGCCAAGGAUAUGGACGCCAAGACUAUGCAGGCCCUGGAGGCCGAGCCGGCGGACGAGGCCGAAUCGCUGCCCGAGGAGCUUCUCACCGAGCCACUUGUGCUGACAUCUGCGACGACGCUCGACCAGCGGCUGGCCUUCCCCGAGUUCCAGACGCCCCGGCACGACCUGCUCCAGCCGCAGCACAAGCACGCCGAGCUUAAGCGCUCCAUGCGCUGCCGCUACUGCGACCACAACCUCAGCAAGCCCGAGUACAGCGCCAUCAGCGUCAAGUUCAGGAUCCAGCUGAACGCUUACUACCACGUGCCGGACGUCAAGAUCCUGUCAGUGGGCGAGCUGGUGCCUGGUCAGGAGACGGAGGCGGUGCUGACGCUCUGCAACCCCACCAGCCACCCGAUGGCGAUCCGUCUGGAGACGUAUCGGGAUCCGGACGAGGAGGAGCUGCGGGAGGAUCCGGACCCGGAACACAAGGAAUCGUCUCUGCUGCGACCGGUCACCCUGAAAAGGGUGGAGCCGAACAUAGUCCAGACGGCGGAGCUGACGCUGCCGGAGGCCGAGAUCGUGCUGGCUCCGCGGGACGACUCUGCCGAGUUUGACGAGGCGCCCACGUCGUCUGAAUUCAGAGACGACCCCAGCGUGGUGGUGUGGCGCCAGGCCAACAAGGUAGCGGUGCGUCUGGCCGUGCGGCCGCUCCCCGCCGCCGGCGCCGGCCGCGCCACGGCCGCGCUCCUGCUCCACUACCGCUACACCAACACCAUCGUCACGGCCGAGGCCAAGCUGCCGCAGACGCUGCAGCUGCGCGCGCGCCUCAUGGUCGAUUUCGGAGACGUUCACGCUUCCGAGUCGCACUGCUAGGGCGGCUUUGCGGUCGGCCGGGGUUCGGUGUCCGCUGCCGGGUCCGGCCGCCAAGUUCGGUGACGUCACACGUGUCGGCGGUGCCUCCGUAACGUCACACGUGCCGGCAGUCCCACUGCUCGCUGGUGUUGGCAUCUGCUCUGCUAUUUGUGAGGGUUCUAAGUUGUAUGGCUGCACUCCAGCCACUGAGCCUGGCUCCUCGGUGCGUUGACAUCACUUAGUGGCAUGCUCCGGCUCCGCAAAGCCGCUGACACGCUGCGGGGUGACGGGCGGUGUAAUAUCGCGCACCAGUCUGGUUAAGUCUAUCGUCUGGCAAGUUGGCAGCAGCUGCAAAGGCUAAUCGUAAGCAGUGUGUCACACAGUAUCUUGGUGUGCUUUCUGCAAUGUGGGCUUUUGUCUCUGGGGGCAAUAACACUUUGUAGUGAACAGCUAAUAUUUUUAAUGCGUUCUUGUAGCCGUGUUGUACUAUUUUCGUAACGAAAACUUGCAGUUCCAGCUCUGCUAUGAAUCCUUCCAACCGAUUUGAAAAAGAUAGGCACUGAGAAAUGUUAAAUGGGCCUAAACUAGUGAAACGUCAUCCAACGCCUUGUUUGCAUGCUCAGGAUGACCCUGGUAUUUAGUCUGUCAUUUUUUGCUUUAACAGGGUUCGUUGGACGUUGUCCCGUCCACUCAAAUCUGUCGUUGUUUCCGUGGCGCUACUGGCCUGUAUAAAGGUAAGCUAUGCUCUAAAUUACUGCUUCUUGCGGUUUGUGUCUGCUGUCACCAGUUCAGCUUUGUAUGCGGUUCGCCACGUGUUGUUAUCGGUACACUCGGAUAUGAAGGUGGGUAAUUUUAAUGAGAUCAGCGGCGGCUCCUUCCGACGUGUUCCUGGCCGAUAUGGCACGCCCUUUUCACCUCGUGGAGUGCAGUGCUGUGUGAGUCUCGUUCAGACCGACCGCUAAUAUUUCGCCCGGGACUUUCUGCCCCUCUUUUCGAACAACGGCCCCUGCUGCUUUGGCGACUGACACCGCACAAUGUAAACUUAGAUGGCUGCACUGAUACCAAUAUAUAACGGCACUUAGAAUAGAUGGACCGGGCGGAAUCCACUUUGACGCGGAGCCAUGCACUGCUCUAUCUCCAGUCGCACAGUGUAGUCGUCCGUGCCUGUACGCGUGUUCACGGCGCGUAGUGCUCUGCCGGCCGUGCUGGCUUGCGGUGCGUGUUCUAGCCAGCUGGUGUUCCUCCGAGACAUCACAAGGCUCCGUGACACACUGUUGCUGUGAUGUUUGCAUUGUUGGUGGCCUGCGGCCAGCUGUCACGGACCAAUGAGCGUUCGGUUGCGAUGCUGCAAAGUCCGCCAGUUGGUCGGCGGCCAGCUGUCACGGACCAAUGAGCGUUCGGUUGCGGCGCAGUAGAAUCCGCUAAUUGGUUGACGGCGGUCACGGCCCAGUAGUAGGGCUCUUGUCUUCCUUGCCUGUUUUCUAGCAAUGACACUGGUCCGUUUGGUUUGUGAUAACUUUUCUGUGGGCGGACUGACGAGUAAUGCCGGGUUACGUUGGGCUAUAGUUAUUCCCUGUAAGACGGUAUGAGAAUCCCGCAUGUCGGCCUAGGCACUUGCAGUGUUGUUGCUUGCUAACGAUACAUGGUGUGUCAUGUGUGCUUCAAUAGCCUCAAUACACGCAUUA